UUAUAAUAUGUUGGCAAAAAAUGUCAAUAAAAAAAAAGACACACACAAGAGGGUCUUCUUUAAAUAAUUGCGUAGUAGGCAGACGAAUGUCUUUUAGACAAAAACAAAUUAAAAACGAAGCAAGUUUAUCUUCUCUUCUUCUUGUUUUAAAGGUUUCAUUCAAGUACACACAUCUCUUUUCGUGUCAUCUCUCACAACCACCAUGAGCAGCCAGCAGCACCAUCAGCCGCCGAGCUACGCCACCGACCCAAACACGAUGUUCGUUCAAGCAGAUCCCUCCAAUUUCCGCAACAUCGUCCAGAAACUGACGGGAGCACCACCGGAUCUCUCCUCCUCCUCAUCCGCUGCACAACAGAAGCUUCCCUUAACCCCGAAAAAGCCAGCGUUCAAGCUUCACGAACGACGUCAAUCAUCCAAGAAAAUGGAGCUGAAGGUAAACAACAUCACAAACCCGAACGACCCUUUCAGCCAUUUCCACCGAGGGUUCCUCGUGUCUCCGGUCUCUCACCUCGACCCAUUCUGGGCGCGCGUGAGUCCACAUUCAGCGCGUGAAGAGCAACACCACGCGGCACCGGACAAGGAAGAGCAAAAAGCCAUAGCCGAGAAAGGGUUCUACUUCCUUCCGAGCCCGAGAAGCGGCGCCGAGCCAGCACCGGAGCUUUUGCCACUGUUUCCUCUUCGUUCUCCUAACGGCACUAAUCAUCGGAUUGAAGAUAAUUAUCGCGACUCUUAACUUAUUAGAAGACCUCUCUCUCUCCCUAAUCGUCGUAAUUUUGAGUUUUAGGCUAUCAAUUAAUCUUAAGUUGGUGACACGUGAUAUUAUUAUUAUUAUUACUGCUAUUGCUUUUUACUAUUUUUGUUAGGGCUAAUAUCUGUUUUCAUUUAACCUUAGGCUUUUUCUUUCUUUUUUUUCUUACCAAGGUCAACUAUUUCGGCGCGUGUAGUCCACUACCUUUUAGAAUAUAAAAAUCUUAUUUUCAUACGCGGCAAUUUUACUUACAUUAUUAAGUCAAGGAAGACAUCAUUUCACUUUCACGACAAUGGUAUUAUUGUCUUUUAGAUUUUUUAAUACUGCGUGAAAUCCAAAAACACACGCUAUGUAUACUACUAGGUUGAAAUUUAAAAUUAAUAUGUAUAACAAAAAAAAAAAAGAGGAUACUUUUAAGAUUCACUGUUCUAAAAUUUCAUACGUUAUAUUUGACAAGUCUACUAUAUCAAACGUAAUCUUGUAUCUUAAAUUUUCCUUACAAAUACGAUCAAGUUGAUGAUGUAUGAGGAGGUGAAUGAAUAAUCAAUAAUGAAUAGAUAGGCUACAUUACAACAACAUAGGCCGACUCAUAUAAAAGAUCCAAAAAAUAUGUUGACUUUUUGGUUAAGAAAGAAGCUAAAUUCUCUGUGGUGAUAGGGUACAGUGUAACAGUGCUCUCCAAUCAUAAAUCUUUUUUUUUUUUUUUGCGUGUGUAAUAAAGCUGCCAGCCGUUGGAUUUAAUGACAAAGCUGUGACGCAGAAUGAAGCGGCGCCUAUUUCCUCUGCAGAUUCAACGGCUACGAUUCAAUUCUCCUGCUAAACAUAUAAUGCACUCUUCUUUUUUUGUUUUUCUUUUAUUACGUGUGUGUAUGAAAAGAGAUGAUAAAAUUAAAUAGAUGUUACUUGUAACAGAGGGUGUCUCUGCAUCUAUCUUUAAAGUCUGUUGUCAGUCUAUCUUCGAACUCUGCCCCUCAGGUGUAAUCCAUAUUUCAAACCCUCUGCUCA